AUGGUUUUAUCUAAAACUAAUGUGGACUUGGCAGUAUUUUCAUUAUUUCUGUAUCAGGCCAAAGACUUUUCAGCCCAUGUAAUCGAUUCAAAACUCAGCAAAUGUGGAUUAGACGUAAAAUUUAUGCAAGGAAUGCACAGCAGAAAUGAUCACGUGCUUGAUCACCCGGCAAUGAAAGCCUCCCUAUAUUUGGACCCACGCUAUCGAAGUGCAAUUAUUCACAAUUCACUUCAUGUCGACGAGGCGAAGGAAUUUAUAGCUCAAAUGAAGCAACGCUUGAAUUACUGCAGCGACCAAAUCGGCACGAAUGAAAUGAUGGCUGACGCUGAUUCUGACGACAGCAUCAACAUCAGAUUCGACGCAGAAACUGCCAUUCGUGAUUUUUUGGGGCAUAACAUCGAUCGAACUGAUUUGAGUAGCGAUUUUGAAGCAACGUUGGAUGCUUUCGACCCACCAGCCAUGGCCUUGAAAAAACCCAUUUUAGAGUAUUGGAAUGAAUCGAAUGAUUACGAGUCGUUACGUGAUGUGGCCAAUGCGAUAUUUGCAAUCCCACCAACAGAAACCGAAGUGGAGCGUGACUUUUCCGCAUUAAAGUUCAUUUGCAGCGAACCGUUUAUCGAACGAAACCCUGGAAGAUAUUCUUUGUAUCCAUCUCAACAAGGAUCUAUAUCUCGAAGUGAAUGA